UGAUAUAGUAUAUACGUAUUUUAAAGCAAUCAACUGUUCAAGUUUUUUAAAUCUUAUAACUCCCAACCGUACAAAAAUACUCACAGCAACUAUGCUGUACUGAUUUAUAUGUCCAAUAAUGUGAGAAGAUGAGCAUUUAUAAGUUCAUUCAGGAAAGCCAUACACAUCAACAACUUCUUUGCAAAAAAUAGUGUUAUUAUCCUUUGUGUUCUUCAAUUCCUUUUCUUAUUAUCAUGGAGGAAAAGUCCACAAUUUUAGAUUUCUGCAAGCUUUUAUUGAAGCAAGUUUCAUCAACUUUCAUGGAGAGUCUCAAAGUCUUGGUUCUUUUGCUUUUCUUUUCCAUGGAAUCCUUCAUUAUCUUACAAAAUGUUGAGCCUGUGUUUCACAUUGUACCCUUUAGUGUUCUUCUUAUACACUUCAUUUCCUUGGCCUAUAUCUCAAAAACUAGUCCUGUCUAUGUUGUGGAUUUCACAUGUUUCAAGCCACCAAAUUACUUGAGAGCUCCUUUCUCAACCUACAUUGAGCAUGCAACAAAGCUUGAUUUCUUUGAUGAUAAAAGUGUCUCUUUCAUAUCCAAGAUUCUUCAACUUUCUGGUUUGGGAGACCAAACUUACUUCCCACCAGGUCUUUUUUAUAUCCCUCCAAGAUCUGGCCAAAAAGAUGCUAUCAAUGAAGUACACAUGGUCCUUUUCGCUGUCUUUGAAGAUCUCUUGUCCAAAACAAAUAUUUCUCCAGAGGAUAUAGAUAUACUUAUUGUUAACUGCAGUGGCUUUUGCCCUAGCCCUUCUCUUUCUUCCAUUAUCGUCAACAAGUACGCGUUGAAAGAAGGGGUGAAAAGCUAUACGAUAAGUGGAAUGGGUUGUAGUGCGAACUCUCUAGCCAUUGAUAUGGCUAGAAACAUAAUGAAGACACACAAGAACUUCAACGCGGUCAUUCUUAGCACCGAGAUCUUAUCCACGGGGUGGUACCCCGGGAGAGAACGCGCUUUCAUGAUCUUGAACUGCAUUUUUCGCAUGGGGGGCGCUGCGGUCUUGCUUAGUAACAAGAAAGAGGCGAAAAGGGAUGCUAAAUAUAAGUUGCUUUGGACACUUAGGACGCAAGGAGCCUUUGAUGACAAGCGUUAUUACUCUGCUUAUCGUGAUGAGGACUCGAGUGGAAUCACUGGAGUUAGAUUGAACGGGGACGUCUUGCAGGUGGCUGGAGAUACUCUGCGGUCCCACAUCCCCGUUCUCGGGGUGAGAUUCCUCCCCCUAAUAGAGAAACUAAGGUUUGUUGCAUCCGUCUUAAGGUACAAAACUCCUAAAUGUUCAACGGAAAUUUAUAUUCCUAACUUCAGAACAGCAUUUCAACAUUUUUGCUUCCCCGCUACGGGGAAAUCGGUUGUGAGAGAGACUGCAACGAGGUUGAAGCUUGGAGAUAGAGACAUGGAGCCAGCAUUGAUGACAUUGCAUAGGUUUGGGAAUCAAUCUUCAUCUUCCUUGUGGUAUGAAUUAGCUUACUUAGAAGCCAAGGAAAGGGUGAAAAAAGGUGACAAAGUGUGGCAAUUGGGAAUGGGAACUGGGCCUAAGUGCAAUAGUGUGGUGAUGGAAUGUAUAAGGCCCAUUUUUGAUGAGGCUCUUAUUGGACCAUGGGCCGAUACCAUAAAUAGUUAUCCAGUCAUAAUUCCAUGAUCUCAAAUACUGUAACAUUAAAGAUGUGAUAAAAGCUUGCUGUAAGUUAUUGCUAUAUAACUAUAUAUACAUUUGUCUAAUUAUAAAAUUUAUUUUAUUA